GCUCGCUCUGGGUGUCUCUCAUUUUUUGUCUGUCUGAACUUCAAACUUUGGAUGGGGACGGGAAAAAGUCUUUCUCCCGACUGGACGAACGGGCGUACAUUGUGCCCCCCCCCCCCAUUUUAAAAGCGAUCGUUCACGGCGCUGUCUUCCUGUGAUGGAAACAUAUUAGACUUGCUAGCAAGCUUGUCUACCCAGCUAGCUGCAGUUAGUCUGUUUGGAAAGCAUGUGUAACGUUCAACUGUUAAGGACGCAGCUAGGAUAGCUAGCGAAGUGUUAGCAAGUGCUGCACAUUUUGGACUGGAGUCUGAUCAGCGAAAGCGUAGCUAGCACGAAAACGCUGAAUCGCAAACGGUACCCGCUAUCAAAAAGCAAUCUACAGUAGCUUUCUAACUAGCUAACAAUGUCGCAACUACUGGAAUCUGAGGAGAAUACACCCUUGUUAAAAGGCGAUCUUGGCAGUGAUGGCACUCUUCAGGACGCAGCACGCGAAGUUAAGAGUCGAUGGAGGUCCAUUCGGGUCAUGUACUUCACUAUGUUCCUCAGCAGCGUGGGUUUCACCAUAGUGAUUACAUCAAUAUGGCCCUAUCUGCAAAAGAUAGAUGACAGCGCCAGCGCCAGCUUCUUGGGUUGGGUGGUGGCGGCCUACAGUCUUGGCCAGAUGGUGGCCUCCCCCCUCUUUGGCCUGUGGUCCAAUCACAGGCCCAGGACAGAGCCCCUGGUGUGCUCCAUCGUAAUCAACGUGGUGGCAAACAUCCUCUACGCUUACGUGUACCUGCUGCCAUCGCACAACAAGUACUACAUGCUAGUUGCCCGGGCCUUUGUGGGGUUUGGCGCAGGUAACGUUGCUGUGGUCAGGUCCUAUGUUGCUGGCGCUACCUCACUGAAGGAGAGGACCAGUGCUAUGGCAAACAUGAGCGCUUGUCAGGCCCUGGGGUUCAUACUGGGUCCAGCAUUGCAGGCCGGCCUGUCCUUCAUUGGUGAGACGGGCGUGUCACUGGGUGUGCUGGACCUGCAGCUGAACAUGUACACAGCGCCUGCCCUCCUGGCUGCCUGCUUUGGCAUCAUUAACAUCCUCCUGGUCCUUCUGGUGUUAAGAGAGCACCGCGUGGAUGAUCACGGCAGGCAAAUCAGCGCAAUAAAUUACAUCUCAGAAGAACGAGUCGGUGUGAUGGAGAGCCUGGGCGGCGACAUCGACCAAGUCGCCGUCAUCACGUCAAACAUCCUGUUCUUCAUUGUCCUGUUCAUUUUCGCCGUUUUUGAAACGAUAGCCACGCCCCUCUCCAUGGAUAUGUUCGCCUGGACUCGGAGGCAGGCUGUGCUCUACAAUGGCAUCAUACUGGCCUGCAUCGGGUUUGAGUCCAUCGUGGUCUUCUUAGUGGUGAAGGUGGUGUCAAAAAGGGUGGGGGAUCGUCCUGUCCUCCUUGGUGGUUUGGCUGUCAUCUUCUGUGGGUUCUUCAUCUUGCUGCCUUGGGGAAAUGAGUACCCCAAAAUCCAGUGGUCAGACCUUCUGAACAGCUCCACCCAUGGCCUGAUUAGCCCAACCCAAAGCUCCAACUCCACCCUGGAGCCCACAGGCUGCCCUGUGCAGCAGACGUGGUGUCUGUUCACACCCGUCAUCCAGUUGGGACAGUACAUCACCUCCGACAUCCUCAUCGGGGUGGGAUACCCAGCCUGUAACGUCAUGUCCUAUACCCUUUACUCAAAAAUCUUGGGUCCAAAACCACAGGGCGUAUACAUGGGCUGGCUGACGGCGUCGGGCAGUGGGGCGCGGACACUGGGGCCGGUGUUUGUGUCCCAGGUGUACACCAGCCUGGGCCCGCGCUGGGCCUUCAGCGUCAUCUGCGCGGUGCUGUUGGGCGCUCUUAUCCUUCUGGCCGUUAUGUACCACCGCCUCAUUGCCUUCUCUGUGCGCCACGGACGCAUGCAUGAAUAGCCCCGCCCCGCUUCCUCGGCGGGGCCUGCCCAACUGGACGUGGCAUGUGGAAGCCUGCCAGUAGGUGUGGCUACCCAAGACAAAUCAUCUGUGAACAGUAACUGUUCCGUAUUGGCUGAGAGACUGUUCUCUGUACAGGCCUGGGAAAGGAGCAGAUUAGGCCAGUUGUCAGUGUGCAAAAAGCAUGGUAGGUGGAUACUACUGAUCUUUCUCUCCAAAGUCACUUCCUCUUGAAUGAGGAGGCUGGUUAUCUACUGCAUUUGAUUUUGUGCUGUUUACUUAUUACUUUUGUGAGAAUGAGAAUCAGCAGACUAGAGUAGCCUACAGACAAACUGGACUCAAGCAAGGUUCUAACUUGCUAGAGCAGACUGAACCUAGCUUGAGCCUGUCUCAGCUGUGUGUACUGAUCCAGUAGGACCUCAUAUGGCAGUUUUUUUGGUACAGCCUCUACCUGAAUGCAUGGCGUUUUGAGGUAAUAAAUGGGUGAGGCGGACAUCCUGUUGAUUUUGAUGACCACACUGAUGCGGAUGCAGCAUACAGUACGGGUGGUUUUUUGAGACCUGUGCUACCUAGAUUGGAUGUCGGAGUAAGCAUUGGAGUAUGUCUCUUCAGGUGUAGCACUGUACAGGAAUAAUGCUCCUACGUCCUCUUACCCAGCCUCAGCAGCCAGCACUGUUCUACUUGCAGUCAGCCAACACACUGGCAGGGGUCUGUUUGCUGUGGAAAUGCCUCUACAGCUCCUAAACCUUCAGCUUCAGCUCAGGUGGUUUGGGGAAAUGCCUUCACCUUGCAUUGGAUGUAGCUGACCUACAGGUAUCGUAAGUUUGUGGAAACACAGAUAUGGAAGCACAGGGCUCCCUCUCGAGGUGGCAGGAGAAGAUGGCCUCUCUGUUGUGGAAGGAAGUGGAAUCCCCCUCUCAUAGGAUGACGGUUUGUUUACCUGGAGCCAUGAUACUGUAGGCCAGGGGUGGCCAACCCUCUCCUGGAGAGCCAGUUUGUUAUUCAGCAGCUUCA